CCCUUAACCAUGCCAACCCUCAACCAUAUCUGCUCCUGCCUCAUGCUUACCCUCUCCUUUGUGGCCAUCAUUAUCGCACUGGCCACCGUGGACUACGGCCGCAAGUGGGUGGACCAGGCACCGCUACCGGGGCAAAAGCUGAGGGUCAGAGUAGGCGUUGUCCAGUUCUGUACUGUGGUGGAGGGCUCCAAGGAAGAGUGCCACAACCUCAAGAACGACGACGGGAGCAAGAAGCUGUACCAGGGCGGCAGGCUCGUCCUCGGCUUUGGCCUCUUGGCUCUCUUCUCCGUCAUCGGCGGCAUGGUCAUGGUCAUUCUCCUGGCUGUCGGCUGCGAGUCGGCAUGCCUCUCCGACCAAGCCCGCGCACGCAAGAUCGCCAUGGGCAUCUGCCUCGCCGCCUGCUUCUUCAUCUCGCUGGCAUGGGUCCUCUACGCCGCCAUUGUCUUCCCUUCGGACGACUGGAAGAAGGCCUCCGCCGGCAAUGGCCGCCAGUUUGAGUUUGACAUCUCCUGGUCGUGGAUCGGCUUGAUCCCAGUCACCCUCAUGACCGCAAACGCCGGCCUCCUCAUCAACCGCGAGGACUAGCCUCUCUCGCUGCAAAGUACA